AUGGCGUUGGUGGACUAUUCUGAGGCGUUUUCGCUGUGCUCUGAUUGUCUUAAGCUCAUUGGCACUCUGCGACAGUACAACUGUGUCGUUGCUAUGGAACAGCAACUGCUGCCGCUGGUGGAGUCCAUUGAGGGCGAACUAUCUGAGUUCUUUAAGUCUACCUACAGGCGUUUUGACGAGGCGUCAUACCGAAAAGUGCUGAAGGUGUACAAUCGCACAGGUCAUCUGAGCCGUUUAACCAAGAGCCAACCAGAAUACUGCGAAUUGGUUAUCCAAGAGAUUUCAUUGGACACUCUGCGUGCCACUGGCUGCGGACUUAACACCAAUCACAAGUGGGACAAAAUGACGUACACGCAAGUGAGCAAUGCCCUAGCCGCCUCAGACGCCUUUGCGAGCGGCUUCAUUCGGCUGUGCUCUGAGUUGUAUGUGGUCAUGGACUGCUACAACGACGUCUGUCACAUGCACGGCGUAGAGCCCCACAAUCUGCAGCCACGGACAUUGGCACAGAGCAUCGACACUACCGGGCCCGUUGCUAUGCCAACCGACGCCAUAGCAACGGCACCGAAGGUCGCCAAUCCAUCCACACCACCACACCACAGUGCAGGCGAUGACAAUGCAAUAGACGAAACCAGUGCGCAACCAGAGACAAUUAACGAGGAAUAUAUUCCGUCACCAACGGAACAGCAGCACUCAACUGAGGGCGAAGACAAAGAACUCACAGACACUUCAACAGACAUACGCACACAGACCACAGCAAACCACACAGCCACGAGCGACACAGACUUUGAGAGAAAGCAGCCCAGGCUAUGA